AUGAGUGUUGCUUCACCAGAAAUUGGACCCUCGCAAGACAUUACGCCUUCGAAGAGUGGUUCCGAGCAGGCCUCUCAGGGCUCCCACAUCAUGAAUGCACCAGAGCCAAAGGUGCACAGAGACUCUAGCGAUGAGUUCGAGGAACUGAAGAAAGACGCUGAACAACAGUUGGAGAACAAAAGCACAGGUGACUUCGUUUUCGUCAGUAUUUGCUGUGUCAUGGUCGCCUUUGGUGGUUUCGUUUUCGGCUGGGAUACCGGUACUAUUUCCGGUUUCGUGAAUAUGACCGAUUUCAAGCGCAGAUUCGGUGACUACAGUGUCUCCAAAGGUACUUAUUACUUGUCUAAUGUCAGAACUGGUUUGAUCGUCGCUUUCUUCAACUUAGGUUGUGCCGUUGGUGGUAUCGUCCUGGGUAAGAUUGGUGAUGUUUAUGGUCGUCGUGUUGGUUUGACCUCCGUUGUUGUCAUUUACAUGAUCGGAAUUAUAAUUCAAAUUGCAUCCAUCAACAAAUGGUACCAGUACUUUAUCGGCAGAAUCAUUUCUGGUCUUGGUGUCGGUGGUAUCACUGUUCUGUCCCCUAUGCUUAUCUCGGAGGUGUCUCCUAAGCACUUAAGAGGUACUCUUGUUUCCUGUUACCAAUUCAUGGUUACCGGUGGUAUUUUCUUGGGUUACUGUGCCAAUUACGGUACCAAGACUUACGACAACUCCGUUCAGUGGAGAGUUCCAUUGGGUCUUUGUUUCGCCUGGGCUCUCUUCAUGAUCGCGGGUAUGAGUUUCGUGCCUGAAUCUCCCCGUUACUUGGUAGAGGUCGGCAGAUUAGAAGAGGCGAGACGUUCUUUGGCCAGAGUUAACAAGGCCAGCUUAGAAGACGCUGUUGUCACGGUUGAAUUGGAGCACAUUGAAGCCAGUGUCGAGGCUGAAAGAUCUGCUGGCUCCGCGUCCUGGGCUGAAUUGGUUACAGGUAAGCCUCAGAUGUUCAGACGUACUUUGAUGGGUAUGUUGAUCCAAUCUUUGCAACAGUUGACCGGUGACAACUACUUCUUCUACUAUGGUACAACCAUUUUCCAAGCUGUUGGAUUGAGUGACUCUUUCCAAACCGCUAUCGUUCUUGGUGUUGUCAACUUUUUCUCCACUUCCUUGUCUUUGUACACUGUUGACAGAUUUGGACGUCGUAACUGUUUGCUAUGGGGUGCCAUUGGUAUGAUCUGUUGUUACGUUGUGUAUGCAUCUGUCGGUGUCACCAGACUAUGGCCAGAAGGUGCUUCUCACAAGGAUAUCAGUUCCAAGGGUGCUGGUAACUGUAUGAUCGUCUUUGCUUGUUUCUACAUUUUCUGCUUCGCCACUACAUGGGCUCCAAUUGCUUAUGUUAUCAUCUCGGAAAGUUACCCAUUGAGAAUCAAGGGUAAGGCCAUGGCUGUUGCCUCCGCUUGUAACUGGUUGUGGGGUUUCUUGAUUGCCUUCUUCACUCCUUUCAUUACCACUGCCAUCAACUUCUACUAUGGCUACGUUUUCAUGGGCUGUAUGGUGUUUGCUUACUUCUACGUUUUCUUCUUCGUUCCAGAGACCAAGGGUCUAACUUUGGAAGAAGUCAACGAGAUGUAUGAGGAAGGAGUGUUGCCAUGGAAGUCUUCUUCUUGGGUCCCAGCGUCUAGAAGGGCCGAGGGCUACAACAACGACGAUCUCCAACACGAUGACAAACCUUGGUACAAAAGAUUCACGUAA